AUGACAACUGCAAUAGUGGUGGGUGUUUCUACCGGCGCCAUGAAACCUGUUCUCGAUAAGCUGUCCAUUCUUAUGGGAGGCGAGUUCUCGAAGAUGAAAAACGUGCGGAAGGAUGUACAGUUUCUCAGUGAUGAGCUUACAAGCAUGAAAGAUCUUCUUGAGAACCUUGCACUUGUGGACGAGCUAGAUCCACAAACCAAGAGAUGGAGAGACAAAGUAAGGGACAUGUCUUAUGACAUUGAGAACAUUAUUGAUGACUUCAGGCGAAAAUUUGUGGAGAAAAAUGAAAAGGAAGGGCUUGCCAAGAAGACUGUUCGGUUCCUUAAAACUUUCAGAGCCCGUUACCAGAUUGCUGGCCAGAUUGAAGGGAUCAAGAAAUUAGUGCUUGAAACUAGUGACAGACGCAACAGGUAUAAGUUCAAUACUCCUCCGCCAAACGAUGUGGCCAUUGACCCACGAGUUGCCAUACUCCAACAAGAUGCAGAUAGCUUUGUCGGUUUGAAAGUGCCAACUGAUGAGCUCGUCGACUGGUUAAAUGACAAGGAGAUGCAUUUGAAGGUGGUAUCCAUUGUGGGAUUUGGAGGUCUGGGCAAAACUACACUCGCCAAUGAGAUAUACCGUCAACCCGAUGGAGGAUUUGAAUGUCGUGCAUUUGUCCCAGUGACACAAAAGCAUAACAUCCCAAAACUUAUUCAUAGUUUACUAUCUGAACUUGGGAGUGAUGCAUGUUCUUAUGAUUGUGAAGUAAAUGUUCUUCUCAACAAACUCAAAGAACAUCUACAAAAAAAGAGGUACUUGAUUGUAAUUGAUGAUCUAUGGGAGAAGUUGCCAUGGGAUGUUAUUAAAGGUGCUUUCCCAGAUAAUGGCCUUGGCAGUAGAGUAAUAACAACCACAAGAAUACAUGAUGUGGCUAAGGCAUGUUGCUCCCAUCCUCGUGAUUAUAUUUUGGAAAUGAAGCCACUUAGCGAUGAAGACUCAAGAAGACUGUUCUUUAAUAGGAUAUUUAACUCUGAAGAAGCUUGCCCUUGCCAGCUUCGGGAUAUUUCUACUGAAAUUCUCAAAAAAUGUGAUGGUAUGCCCCUUGCAAUUAUUACUGUAUCAGGCAUGCUAGCAAGUGAAUGCUUAGACCAACAGGAUUGGGAGCAUAUACGGAAUUCACUAGGUUCUAGAACAAAUUUCACGUUGAAAGGGAUGAGAAAAAUCUUAGAUCUCAGCUACAAGAACCUUCCUCCUCACCUCAAGACAUGCUUGUUGUAUCUUGGUAUGUAUCCCGAGGACUUCAAAAUACAGAGGCAUCAUUUGGAACUUCAAUGGAUUGCCGAAGGCUUUAUUAGUAAAGAGAAUGGGCAAGAUGUGGAGAAGGUUGCAAGAAGUUAUUUCAACGAGCUUGUCAAUAGGAGCCUUAUUCAACCUAUAAGAUUUGACAACUGUGGGUUGGUCACGCAUUGCAAAGUUCAUGAUAUGAUGCGUGAUCUUAUCUUGUGUAAAUGUGCAGAAGAAAAUUUUCUCACCAUAAUAGAUGAACCUGAAGCCAUCACAAAACCGGAUAACAAGGUCCGUCGAUUGUCUCUCCACCUGCAUGAUGAUGAAGUUAAUGGAACAGAGUUAUGGGUUAACAUUAGUCUGUCCCAAGUUCGGACUUUUAUGAUCUUUGGUGACCGUGAUGGUAUGCCUCCUCUGUCACUGUUCAAAUUCCUUCGAGUUCUGCAUAUCGACCUCACUUGA